AUGGCUUUGAAAAGUAUUAACAUAAGUGGAAACUUUGAGUGGUGCCCAUUUGAAGAAUACAAGAAUUAUUUGUUAUGUUUCAACUCACACAAUUUGUUAUAUUCUAAUAAUAAUAGUUUGAAUAAUUAUAUAUAUUUAUUGGAUAUAAAUUUGAAUAGUGAGAUAAGAAAUUUGGAGAUAGUAAAUAAGUAUAAUUUCGAAGAUGCCUUAAAAUAUGAUAAUGAUGUAAUAAAAGGAGGAAAUAAAAAGAAUAAUAAAAAUAAUAAAAAUAACCAUAAUAAUAAUAGUGUGAAUGAAUAUGUAACAUGUUUUGAAUGGAUGAAUAGUAAUAAUUUUGUAGAUAUAAAUAAUAAUGAAGAAUUAAGUAAAGGUAUUAUUGUUGGUGGUUUGACAAAUGGUGAUAUUGUUUUAUUAAAUGCAAAGAAUUUAUUUGAAACCAAUAGAAAUUAUGAUAAUUUUAUUUUAAGUAAAACAAAUAUUCAUGAUAAUGGUAUAAAUUGUUUAGAAUAUAAUAGACAUAAAAAUAAUUUAAUUGCCACUGGUGGUAAUGAUGGUCAAUUAUUUAUUACGGAUAUAGAAAAUUUAUAUUCCCCAACAUCUUAUGAUCCUUAUCUAGAUAAAAAUAAUUUACAAAAAAUUACAUGUUUGAAUUGGAACAAAAAAGUUUCUCAUAUUUUAGCUACAUCAUCUAAUAAUGGAAAUACGGUUAUCUGGGAUUUAAAAAUAAAAAAGUCAGCUGUUAGUUUUAGAGAUCCUCAUAGCAGAACAAAAACAUCUUCUUUAUCAUGGUUAUCUAAUCAACCUACACAAGUUCUAAUUUCAUAUGAUGAUGAUAAAAAUCCUUGUUUACAAUUGUGGGAUCUAAGAAAUUCAAAUUAUCCAAUUAAGGAAAUAAUUGGACAUUCUAAAGGUAUAAAUAAUAUAUGCUUUAGUCCUAUAGAUACGAAUUUAUUAUUAUCUUCAGGAAAAGAUGUUACCAAAUGUUGGUACCUAGAUAAUAAUAAUUUUGAUAUAUUUAAUGAAAUCAAUAACUCAGCAAAUAAUAUUUACUCCAAGUGGUCUCCAUAUAUACCUGAUUUAUUUGCAUCUUCGACAAAUAUGGAUACCAUACAAAUUAAUUCUAUAAAUAAUGGUAAUAAAAUGACGAGUAAAUAUAUACCCACCUUUUAUAAGAAAGAAGCAGGUAUAUGUAUAGGUUUUGGAGGAAAAAUAUGUACCUUUGAUAAUAGCACGAAUAACAUGAGCAAUGUAAAUAACAUGAACAAUGUGAAUAACAUGAACAACAUUAACAGCUUUAAUAAUGAUAACUCAUGUGAUGGAGAAUACGAUUCAAACAAAGGAAAAAAUAAAAGUACACAAAAAAAAUUCCUAAUAAAAUAUCAUAUAUAUCCAACAGAUAUGGAGCUUAUAUCAGAAGCAGAUAAUUUUGAAAAGUACAUUACAAGUGGAAAUUAUAAAGAAUUUUGUGAAUCUAAAAUUAACAAAUGUGAUGAUGAUCAUGAGAAACUUACAUGGCAAAUAUUACAAUUAUUAUGUACAUCUCAAAGAGGUGAUAUAGUAAAAUAUCUAGGUCAUGAUAUUAAUAAUAUUGUGGAUAAAAUUAUGCAAACUAUUGGUAAACAACCUGGAUUUAUUUUUAAAACUUUAAUCGACGAAAAAGAAAAUAAUAAUAAUAAUAAUAAUAAUAAUUCGACAAAUCAAAUGUACCAGAAUGAUGUAUUAUUACAUAACGAUCCAAAUCUUAUGAAUAAUUAUUUAUUAAAAGAUAAUAUGAAUCCAAAUAUAAUGUUGAACAACAAUAAUAAUAAUAUUAAUAAUAGAACAGGCACAAAUGUAAUGUAUAGUAAUGGACAGAAUCUUUUGGGAGACACAAACCAUAAUGAAGAAAAUUUUAAUGGGAAUUUUGAUAUAGAUCCUGAGAAAUUUUUUAGAGAAUUAGGUGAGAAAACAGAAAAUGAAAAGAUAAAACAAAAUGAGGAAGACAUAUCAGGAAAUGAUGAACACUUGUUAAAUUCGUCCAUUAAAGGAAAAGAAAAUAAAACAAAGAAUAAAAAAAGUGGACUAGGAACAGAUGAUAAUAAUGAUAAUGGUGAUCAUAAUAAAAAUGAAGGUAGUAAUAUUAAUGGAGAACAUGUUUCUGAACAUAUUUUAAAUGAAAAAAAUAAUACGAAUAAUUGGAAUUUAGGUAUUGAAGCAAUUAUAAAAGAAUGUGUAUUAAUAGGUAAUAUUGAAACAGCUGUUGAAUUAUGUUUACAUAAAAAUAGAAUGGCUGAUGCUUUAUUAUUAUCUUCAUUUGGUGGGGAACAAUUGUGGCAUAAAACAAAAACAAUAUAUAUAAAAAAGCAAAAUGACAAUUUUUUAAAAAAUAUUAAUUAUGUAUUGGAUGAUAAGCUAGAAAAUUUAAUAAAUAAUGUUGAUUUAAAUUCAUGGGAAGAAGCUUUAUCUAUAUUAUGUACAUAUGCAAUAAAUAACCCAAAUUUUAAUUCAUUAUGUGAAAUGUUAGCAAAAAGAUUACAAAAUGAAAAAUUUGAUAUUCGUGCAGCAUCUAUAUGUUAUUUAUGUGCUUGUAACUUUUCAGAAACCGUGGAAAUUUGGAAUAAUAUGCCAUCGAAAAAAACAUCCUUAUUAAAUGUAUUACAAGAUAUUGUUGAGAAAAUGACUAUAUUGAAAAUGAUUAUAAAAUACGAAAAUUUUAAUUCUAUUAUGAAUCAAAAAAUUAGUCAAUAUGCUGAAUUAUUGGCUAAUUCUGGUAGGUUAAAAGCAGCCAUGACUUUUUUAUGUUUAAUACAACAUGAUCAAAGUAUAGAAAGUUUAAUAUUAAGAGAUCGUAUAUAUAAUAGUGCAAAUCAUGUAUUGUGUCAACAAAUUAAACCACCUAUAUCACCAUUCCAAAUAGUUGAUAUAAAGCCAUCACCAAAUGUGUAUCAAAAUAAUAUGUAUAAUAAUAAUAAUAAUAAUAAUAAUAUUAAUAUUAAUAGUAGUAGUAAUAAUAAUAAUAAUAAUAAUAAUAACAAGGUUUUAUCGUCCAUGCAUCAUCCAAUGCAACAAUUCAAUCAAUGUAAUGUAAACAAAAUGUAUACAUCAACAAGUAAUAUUAUUAAUAAUAAUACGAUGAAUUCCAAUUUUAAAAGUGUCAUACCUCCACCGUUACCUAUGAAUACACAAAUGAAUAAUUCCACAUCUUCCAUACAACCACCACCUUCAGUACCACCAACCAAAUUUCAUACACAAAUUAUUAACAAUACAAUGAAUAGUAGAUCAUCCAUCGCAACUACUACAAAGAAUUAUCCAACAUCUAAUCUUAAUUCAGUAAUACCAACAUCAAUGAAUAAUAUGAAUACAAACAUAUCACAUGGAAAUAAUGUAACUCCUCCAUAUAUGUCCCAAACAAAUGUAGCCGUACCAAACAUGAAUAAUAAUAAUAAUAAUAAUAAUACCAUGAAUCCGACAUAUCCAUCUUUACCAAAAUUUCCUAAUUAUAAUUUAAAUUCACAAGUACAACAAAACUCCAUAAUUCCUGAAAAACAACUAACAUCGCCAAUGUUUUCUUCGAAUUCAUAUGGAAAUAUAAAUAAGACACAUACUACUAAUAAUGCUGUGCCACCCCCACCAAAUGUUACCUCUUCUGUGGUUACACCUCCUAUGCCAUCCAACCAAUUAAAUAAUACUAGAUCCAGUUUUGCAGAUAUUCAAAAUGUUGUAUCUCCACCAAGAAAUAAAAAUCAAUCCAUAUCUUCAACGGCAAAUUUGAAUUAUCAACAUGAUAAUCAAUUUAACAAAAGAGAAUGUAUGGAACAACCAGUAUAUCCUAUGACUAACCAGUCAUCUAUGUUUUCGAUGAACAAUACUAUGCAGAAAAAAAACGUUCCUGGUGGAUUCCAGGACAAUACUAGCCAAAUGAAUUAUGGCAUGCAACCAACUGGUUCCCCCCCUCCAUCAAGUCUCAGUACAACAUCCCCUAUAGCAGGCGCUUUGACGGUGACACCGGGAAUGCCCGUUCCUUGGCCAAUUCCAACGACAACGCAACAGCUGGGAUCAACCACCCAAUCUACAGCCAACGAAAAUAAAAAAAUACAGACAGCCACCAAAGAACAAAACGGAGUGUUAAUGAAUAGAAACCAUAUUGAAAAUAUCAAGAAAACCAUAAGCAAUUUAUUAAAUAUUUAUACGAGUCAAGAAUCUGUAAAGAAAAAAGCUGAUGAUGUGUCUUCAAAGGUAUACGAGUUAUUUGAAAAAUUAGAUUGUGGUGCCUUCAAUGAACAAAUAAAUGAUAGUCUGUUAAAUUUGGUUAAUUGUAUAAAUGCUAAUGAUUUUAAAACAACCAAUAAAAUAAUAGUAGAUCUAAGUAGAAACUUGUGGGACGGCAGCAAUAAAGCAUGGAUUAUGGGAGUAAAACAUAUAAUACCCAAAUGUUAA